AUGAGCCUCCUGAGCGUGGUGGUUGAGCCGCGAGUAAGAAGAGAUGGUCAUGGAGCUGGUCAAACUGUCCCAAGAGAUCCCAAACAGCGCCGAACGGUUUGUUGGUCGAACUUCAGUCUUCUUAGUCAAACUGAUCAAGAAUCUUCGUUUGGGUGCCUGCGCUGCGGAAGCACUUCCAGUCAAGGCCUAUCCUGCAUGGUCAGCGUUCGGGGCCUGGCAGCGGUGAGGAGGCGGCCGAUGCCAUUCGCAGUCACAAGCCGCGCCAGGCUGGGCGGUGCAGCGGUCUUGGUCGAGCUUUGUCAGAGCCGCUACGGACAAGUGCUGUCAUCCAUGAAGCUGGGUGUGCCACUGGGUCCUCCUUCCAAGUUGGAUUUGCUGGGCAACAUCCAUGGGGGACUACUUCAGCAUGAGCUCGCGCCAAUUCUCCAAGCAGCUCGCACAGUUGGUGCUGCGGUCCUUCCAAUUGACCGCCCACAGGUGGCCACUCGAAGCAGAGUGGCGCACAGGCUUUGGCAUCCUCGACUGUUGCAGGGCCUGCUGAGUUACGCGGCAUAUUCGUUGCGCCGCCAGAGGGAGGCCUCUUCACUGGCUUUGCCAUCUGAUGCGGAAGAACUGCGACGGGAGCUAGAGCACCUCUGCCCAGCAGCUCAUGAUGUUCUCAUCGACGAGCGGAGCUUCUACCUGGCUCAGCAGGUGUCGGCAACGUCCUACCACGGGGACAUGAUGCUCGUCUGCAGCGCUCCAAUGUGCUCCCAUUUGGUGACGCGCUUACGCCAGGUCUGGGAGAUGGAGAAUCCCGAGGCCGCAGCCGAUCGCCUGCUCCGCCUUGCCCAACGAGGAGUGCCAGUGUGGCCGCUCUACCUCUUUGCUUAUGGGCUUGUGCCGCUUGCCAUCACCACGUAUGCAUUGGUCUGUGCUUGGGACAGUUUCCUUGCUCCAGUUGAAGAGGUCGCUCCGCAGCAGCUCCAGCCAGCGUGA